CCUGUUCCUUGCAAUUUACUUACUUUCUGCAUUCAUGCAAAGGAAUUAGAACAAAGGUUAUCUAGCCUAAACAUUAUUUUCGCGUGUGUCUGUUGGUGUAUUUUCAAUUGUAUUUGUUCGUUCUUCGUUGUUCGGGUUUCAUUCGAUGCUUUGAUCUUUUACACCUUCUUAUCUUGUUCGAAAAAACACUUGCUUUCUCUCUUUUUUCUCUGGAACUUCGUCUGUUGACUUGACAAAUUUUUGAGAAAGGUGCGCUAAUUAAUUUCCAUAUUCUGGCUUGUUUAGGAUGUCCAACCAAACUGAAAAGUCCUCCUCAAUGGUCAAUUUGGAAAUAGAAAAUAUCAUUAGGGAAGCCGUGGAAGCAGGUCCUGAAUAUGCUUUGACUUUGGAUUUGUCACAUUUAAAUUUGCGAGAAAUUCCUUAUACACAGCUAGAAAAGAUUCAAGACCGAAUUUCUCGCCUUGCUCUAGGUCACAAUUUACUACGAAGCAUCGGUCCAGAGAUAUUGAAAUUCACACGGUUACGUUACUUGAAUAUACGAGCAAAUGCGUUUCGUGAAUUUCCUGAGGUGCUUUGCCGACUUGAAUCUCUCGAAAUUCUGGAUAUAUCCAGAAACAAAAUUCGAGAAAUGCCUCAGUCAUUCGGCAAUCUGAUGAAUCUCAGAGUCUUAUCGAUUUCCAAAAACCGAUUGAUAGAAUUACCCUCUUACUUUUCUUAUAUGCCAAAUUUGGAAAUUUUGAAACUGGAAAACAAUUACAUCGUCUACCCCCCUCCUCACAUCGUUAACAAUGAGCUCCAGGAACAUGACAUGCCCUUGUUUAUAGCAAACAUAAAAGGUUACCUCCUUAGAAAUGAAUCAUUGCUAAGAAGUCAACACCAUGAUUUUCCACACAACAAAUCUACUCCCAAUUUAAUUUCUCAUUACUAUGCUGACGAAACAGAUAGCUCUUCACCAUCUUCUGCCCCUAUGACUCGUUCACUGACUACCGCUACUGCUGAUCCUCGUCAUUCAUCUGUUUCUUCUUAUCAUUUCCCUCAAAACGAGAUUUCCUCGCAUCCUUCCUAUAGUACUUUAAGAGCAUUACCCAAUCCUAGGCUUAGUCCUAAAGAUCAGUAUCCACCUCAACCUAUCCAUAGUAACAACAGUGAGCUUCUUUCUAAUAAUGGAAAUGAGCAGAACAUACCGUCCACGUCACCUUUUUUCAACAAUAAACUAGAAGGGAACAGGAUUUUGGUUCGUCCCAAACGAUCUGUUUCUCUCGCAACAGGUCUAAACUCGUCAUCUCUCAGUAAACCGGUUCCCAUGCUAAGUGAGCAUACCCGCCAUUCCCAUCAAAAUUCAAAUUCUACCAAUGAGUCAGGAGAGAAAACCCCCACUGUUGAGUCUCCUAAUGAGCUUGGUAGCUCAGCUUCUAUCCCAAAACCCGUUCCUAACCAGUCGGUGCCAGUUGCUCAGUCAACACCAGCUGGCUCCCCUGAAAGAAAAAAGAAAGAACGCGUUCGUAGCAAUAGUAUCAAUGAUGAACUGCACAAUGUCAGGUUGCCGUCUUCAGUAUUGCAAAGAAUUGAGGGUUUGAAGGAACAUCGCAAUUUCACCGACCAUCCACUUACUCGAAAUCUAUCUCAUGACUCUCAUUUGCCAGGCAUGAAUCGUCUCAAGAAAGAAGAAUUGCAGGAAGGUACUGAAAAUGUUAAUGCUUAUUUUAGCAAAAUGGCUCUUGCUAAAGAACAAAUUGCACGACCUUCUUAUCCAGAAAAAGCAUUGGAAACAUGUCGCGGAAUUCUUUUUGCCCUCUCCCAAGUUCAACAAAGCAUUCGUCAACAAUUGCUUUUCUGUAAUAACCCUACUAUUAUUGAUACCAUGCGGCACGUUAGUUUUACAACAAAUACGCAUAUUAAACGAUUGAUUCGAAGCUUUGAAGAAAUUACUUUCAUGAACGAUGGAGUAUACAAUGCUACUCCAGUUAUCCACGCCUGCCUUGCUUGUAUUGGAUCUUUUCGCAAACUGAUCGAUGUGACCAAGAAAUUUUCUAGUGAUUUUGUGAAUUCUGCAGAUUUACGAUAUACAAGAUUGUUUUUACUGGUACUUUUUGGUGCUACUAAAGAGCUCCAAAAUUCUUAUCAACAACUUUGUCAUAAAGGGCCAUUAACUAAUGGAAUGCAAGACCCUCUCAGACAAUCUCCUACUUAUACUGGUAGAUCUAUCCCUAUGUCUGCGAUUAAUACUCGAUUUAAUAUAGAAAAGCCGAUGUCGGCAUUGAAUCCUGAAUUCGCAAAACAACUUCUGGAACAAAUUGAGCUAGCAACUAGUAGUGCAACGUCGGUUUUGAGCUUACUGGUUGAGUCUAUAGAAAAAAGCACUUUAUCAUCAGACGUUUCUAAUGAAUCUACUGGUUUCAAUACCGUUGCUAAAUUGAAAGAGCUUGCCAUGUUGUCAACUUCCGCUAGUGAAGUUACUAGAAAGCUUAAAAGCCACUCCAAAGCAUUUCAGGCAAAUGUGAAUGAUGAAAAUGAGUGGCAAAAGCUUUUAGAAGAUACACAGAUGUUUGUUAAGUCAAUUAUAGCUGUUGCCAAUUUAGCUAAGACGGUAUCUAGCGAGUAUACUUUUCAAAAGAGUAUCAUUUCUGGUCUUUCCGCCGUUACUAGGUCUACGAAGGAUUUGACCAUUUUAAUAUCAUCAUCUUCUUCGCAUCACCCAUACCAUGGUGCAGACUCUGCCUCUGCUUCGGCGGCGGCAAUGGCAGCGUUGUCGCCAAUUAUGCGAGUACCGGCUACACCUCUAUCUGCAGCUUUAGGAUCGGCUGCGCAAUCAAUUACUCCUUUAAUUAUGUCUCCAUCUGUACUUCCUGUAACUGGACACAAAACGGAAUACUUUACUGAUGGAGACCUGGAAGCCUUGCAACGUUAAAUGUUCAUAUCUAUUUAUUGUGGAUGAGCCCAGGGUAAAAUUUAGUUACGAGAUAUAAUUUUAUAUGAUUUACUAUUUAUUCUAUAACUUAUACAAGAUAAAAGAUUUUUAGGAAUUUGGAUAGCGAAAAAAUUGUUUAUUUAAAGAGAAA